AUGUCGCCUCGAGUCGCUGUAGCAACAGUCACGAACUCUCCUGCAAUCCGUCUCCACUCAUCCACAGCCCCUAAGACGACCGCCGGUGGCGAUCUGCUCGCGGGAGGCUUCCCUGUUCCCCGAUCCUCCGGCCGAACCCCCACUGACGGCCGGCCUACACGACCGACUCCGAGUCUCGCACACGCGCAAACGCGUCGGCAGGCCCAAAUGCACCUGGAGACAUGCACCCCUCGGGUAGGCACAAUGCGCGACUGGCAUUACUGGCGCGUCUUCUUGGUGCAUCUUCAUUUAAACACGAACUUUGUCAAUGUGGCCUCUUCACCUCGGCCUUAUUCAGAGGAUACCACUUUCCAACAACAGUCUCCAACUCUUCGCUGGUUGCCCAUCUUGGCCGGCCAGUUUCUUUCCUUUCUCCCUCCUCCUCCCCUCUUUCCCUCGUCCGCAACGUUCCAUUCCUAG